UUGUGGUAUUUUCAUCAUCAACAGCAAUAUCAAUAUUCAAGUUCAAUUUGUUGAGUAAAAGUGUAAAAUUAUUCAUCCAAAAAAAAAACAAGAAGUAAAAUGAAUUCAUCACAGGAUGCUAGCUUCCAAGCUGGACAGGCUACAGGCCAGACUAAGGAGAAGGGAAACCAGAUGAUGGACAAGGCUAGUAAUACUGCCCAAUCUGCUAAGGAAUCAUGCCAAGAGGCUGGUCAACAAGUAAAGGCUAAGGCACAGGGAAUGGCUGACACUGUUAAGGAGAAAGUUGGAGCAAACAAAUGAAGAAUUUAUUUGUUUUGAUUUCUUUCCUUCAGUUUGUGCAGUUUUUACUGCCCUCUUUGUAUUUUUCCAAUUUCAUAAGAGUCAUGAGACAUUUUGACGAAUAAAUGAAUACAUUUGGUAAA